AUGGCGCUCGGUUUAGGCAAGUUGAAAACACUAGGCCUCAGUGUCCUGAUCUUUGCGAUUCUGGUCGCUGGAUUCGACAAGACGGACGACACAAAACACCGCUUCCAGCUUCACAUUACGGGCACGCGAAUACUUGGCUUGUUGAUUAUCAUAUUCGUCGUAUCAAACUUCAAGUCGAUGCCAUUUGUCUGGACACUUCGUGUUCUGUACACAGUUUCGUACCAUACCGUGCUUCGCAAAUCACCCCAGUUAGGCCCCAAAGCGCUCUUCAAGCCUAUCAUCGCCACGACUUCCACUCCUCUCCUCGAAGUCGAUUAUUAUCUUCACAAGUCCAACUCGACAUAUUUCGCCGAUCUUGACGUUGGGCGUGCGCAUUUGAUUGCAUAUCUUUUCCGACAUGGCUUUCAUCGACUAUCCAAUAACACCAAGCUUGGGAUCGUUCUUGAUCCAAAGACUGGUACACCAAUGGGCGGAAGGCUUGGGAUAAAUCUUGGUGCUGUUGAAACCUGCUUCCGACGUGAAAUCACAGCAUUUAAACAAGUUGAGAUGUGGAGUUACGUCUUGGCUUGGGAUCGAAAAUGGUUAUACAUUGUUACGCAUUUCGUGCCGAAGGGUACAGUUCUCCCGACAGAGUGGCUUGAUCCACGGUUUGCGAGAACAGCGACAAGGCUGCUCCUCAAGGAGUCUGGCGAUUUGAGCAAGAAGAUCUAUGCUACUGCUCUGAGUAAAUACGUAUUCAAGCUAAAACGUCUUACGGUGCCACCAUCGACUGUGUUGGAGGAGGCUGGACUGUUGCCAACCCGACCUGGAGGAUGGGCAAUCGAGGAGCAGGACCUGGGGACAUCUGACCCUUUUGAUCCGGGUGCCGAUAUGGGCAAAGAUGGUGAAUGGAAUUGGAAACAGGUUGAGGCUCGACGACGUAGGGGAAUUGAGUUGAUUAGCAAGCCAAACCAUCUUGACUUGAUCCAUGAUGGCUUCGAUGGUGGUAGUGAUGGAGCAAUUGGACGUUUCAGCCCAGGAUAG